AAGCAGAAUCAUCACAAACCAAUACAAAUAAUCAAAAUAAUACAUAUUUGCACAAAAUUGAAAGUACUCCAAGAAUUCUGAAAGAUAAUCUGAUAUUACCUAGUGAUAUCUGCAAUCCAAUUAAUAAUCCUGAAUUUUGGCAAAAUGUACUUACUAUCAAAUGA